AUGCAUCGGAGUCAAAGCUACUCCUAUCCUCAAGUCACGAUGGGCGGCCACUCCAGAUAUGCGUCCACCCACGCCAGCAGCUCUGCCUUCAGCGCAUCGGCGAACCCGAACGAGGACUGGACCAAGAUCUCUGACCUGGCAGAGAGACGACGCAUUCAAAAUCGGAUUGCUCAGCGAAAUUAUCGUAAGAAGCUCAAGAGAAGACUCGAAGAUCUAGAGCGCCGUGCUGGGUCAUCAUCUGCCUCGCCCGAGCAGCAGCACUCGGAACUGGCCACUACUACACCGGCCAAAGCGUCUCCCCAAAAGCAAACCCAAACCAUGGCCCGCCAGCCAUCGAGAUCAAGUGUGUCACAACACGAGAUUCCGAGAGCAUCGCCAGAGAUUCUGCCUUUGGAUGACCAUUCAUCGCUCUUUGACACUCCGGCCGGGCGCCAUCUCUCAAUCCACUCGCAACCCGCAUUUACCUUCUCGUCAUACCCGCCGACCACGGCGUAUCUCCACUAUGAGCACCAGCAACACCCCACAUAUGACAACACUACCAGCUAUUACUCGAGCUAUCAAUAUCCCGUAGACGUCUCAUCGUCGAGUCUGCCCCCGACGCUACCGGCCAUGCUGCCCUCGGCGUACGGGAAGCAGGACCAUCUGUUUGGAGAUGACGACAUCUUAAGUCCAUUCAGCAUGAACUAUGCCUCGCUAGCCGGUCUGGAAAUGCCCUCAAAUCAAGCAUACUCAGGGGCUAAUUCUCAUGUAAAUCCCACCACUUUCUUCUCUCGUUCAUAUUCCAGCCCACACAUCUGA